AUAUCUAGACAGCCUUGGGAUUACUAAAAUCUUUUAAGAAAAACCUGGCUAGGCCAGGCAGCGAUGGUGUACGCCUUUAAUCCCAGCACACAGGAGGCAGAGCAAGGUGGAUCUCUGUGAGUUCGAGGCCAGCCUGGUCUGCAGAGCAAGAUCCAGGACAGGCACCAAAACUACACAGAGAAACCCUAUCUCGAAAAAAUCAAAGUAAAAAAGAAAAAGAAAAACCUGGCUAGAUAUGGUGGUAUAUGACUGUGAUUUCAGCAAUUAGGUAUCAUGGUAGAAGGGUUAUAGGUUAGCCUAAACUACAGAGCCCAGUUUUGGGCUAGCCUGAGCUACACUGCAAGAUCCUGUCUCCAAAAAGAAAACUUUUUAAAUCUGAUAAGGCAUUAUUAUAUGUUCUCUGUGUUUUUUUAUUAGAAAGCAAAAGAAAAACAGGCAAAAUGCAUAAGUAGGCAAAUGACUUUGUUGUAUUGAUCAGUUUUCUGUGACACAGAACACUUCUGAACAGGUAACAUAUUAAGGGAAGUGGUCUGGGAGGCAGCCUCUGGCAAGGGCCCCAUGAAGCCUCAGCUCCUGAUGCAGAUCAAGGACAAGCCUGAGCCUGUAGGAGACACAGAAGAUGAGAACCACACUCACUUUGUGAUAGUCCACCCUCACAGUACUAAUCAAUUCCCAUAAGAAGGACUCCAGGCAAAAGCUUUCUAGUCACAGCAAAUCCCUUCUCAGCAUAAUUUCAAGAUGGGUUUUAGAGAAAAUAAGCCAUAUUCAAACCAUGCCAAAAGCCUAGUGGCAGAUGAGUAUUGCCUAAUAUUUAAUAAGACAGAGAGUCUUUUUCUAGUACAGAAUCUAUCAAAGCAGUCCACAUUCUCUUGAAUCGUUGACUGAGAACUACUGUUUAAAUGAAAAUCAAAGGAACUAUUCGAAAAAGAUUUCCAAGGUCAAUCUUCUCCGUUUGUCCUUUUGAAACAUAUGCUGUGUUAUAUAUCAUUUUCAGAUAGACUGAAGACUCAGGUAUAAUGACACAAGCCUUUAAUGCCAGCCCUCUAGAGGCUGAGGCAGGCAGGUCUCUGCUGAGUUCCAGAACAGUCAGGACUACUUAAUGAGACCCUGCCUUGAAGAAGAAAAUUAAACCAAAGCUGAAUGGCCUGAGAAGAAACUCAAGACUGCCCUGUGAGCAGCUGUAACCUACCAUGCGACAUACUCCCUCCCUUGGGCUUCAGUUUCCGCCCCAAAGCCUUCUUCCUGGCUUUCUUCCCCUUGAGAAAUUGCUCUCUGACUCUGGGUUCCCUGGUGCUAUGCUAUAACUCUCUACAGAACUUUUCUCACUCUACUUUGUAUUUUGAAUGUUAUUUUACUCCAAUUACCCAUGAAACAAGUCUUCAUGUGCUAUAGAGGCAAUGUCCACAUUGACUCCGUUCUGUCUCAUACAGAGCAUUGGGAAGGAGCACAGAACGCAGAGAACCAAGCUUAUCUUCUGUAUGGGUGAAAAGCACCAAGAUUUACUGGUGUUUAAGGGACACAUGCUGUCAAGAAUGCUCUUUGCAUUUCUUUUUCUUUUCAUUCAUUCAUUUAGCUAUUAAUUUUUUAUGCUGGUUUUGGCUUUUUUUGAGAUGGUCUCAAAACACACAUAACCCAGUAAUGGAGGUCACAAAAUGCUUCAUGCAUUUUUUAUUUAACUUUUGCAACAUUCCUUUUAGAAAGAUACUGUUCUCCUCAUCUUACAGCUAAAGAAAUAGAGAAUGAGAGAGGUUAAAGUUGUGGGUGCGGGGGAGGAAACUUUUUUGCCAGUAAUAGUGUGUGUGAGUUAUUCAGGUGAUAUGUUUGUCCAAAUCAGCCCAAGACAAACAGGAGAGGUACAACAGUGCCUCAACUAGACUGCAAGAGAAACCGCUCUAAUGAAGAUGUUGUGGGAAGAUCUUACAGAUGAGGCUUCACCAAGCCCGGACUGGCAAGCGUGGGCCACUCCCAAUGGCUGAAGAUAGGAACAUGCAGAAAAGCUGUGGUUUCGAUGCAGUAGCGGGUUCUUCCCAUAUUCUCAGGCAGGCUCAGGGACUUUCCACUCCCCGAGUAAAUACUGGAAGACUCGAUUUACAGUUUCACAAAAUAAAGCCAUGAAAACCAUUUUUAAUUAGCAAAAGUUUUGUGCCAACAUUCAUACUUACAAUAGCAUAUGAUACUUAAUAAUAAUGUAUAAUGCUUCUUAAGGUUUUUUUAAGUGUCAAAGUCCUGCUUGAAGUGUUUUUCCUAGGUUAUCUGAUUUAGUACUUCCAUUAUUCCACAACAUUUCUUUCACAGAGAAAAUGAGUGUCUCCAUUCCAGCCAGAAUGGAUUGCCCUAUCUCUGCAUUUUUAAAUUUUCUUUUUAUUAAUUUUAAUUAUAUGCAUGUGUUUAUGUCUGUGUGGGGGUGUGUGCAUAUAAGUCAUGUGCCCAAGGAGGCCAGAGGCAUUGGAUUCCCUGAAGCUAGGGUUACAAAUGGAUAGGAGUGUCUGACAUGUAUGCUGGGAACUGAACCCAGGUCCUUAGCAAGAGCAGUAUGUGCUCUUAACUGCUGAACCAUCACUCUAGUCCAUUUUCUCUGCAUUUGUGUUCUUCAUGGUUCUCAAGACAUUUGAUGAGGGAAGAUAAUCUUCACUCUGUACUACUGAUGCAAAUGCUAACCUCUUCCAGAAGCAGCCUCACAUACAUCCCCAAGAACAGCAUUCCAACAGUUACCUGGGCAUCCCUUAGCCCAGGUUAAUAUCAGUUAAAAUUACCUGUUACAACAGGAGACUCAAUUAAACAAACAAACAAACAAAAUAACAGCAAGCAGGCUUCACAAAGAACCAAAAAGGGACCCAAAAAAUUUGAGUACGAAAGGUAUUCAUUAAAAUAAGACUAAAUUCUCAAUGAGUGGAUUUGAUUAUGACUGGAAAAUACUAAUAAUUCAUUUUCACUUGGCCAUUUGGAAGAUGGACCUGCUGGGCAUAGUGGUGCUCACCAGUAAUCCAACACUUGGGAAAUGGAGGAGGGAAGAUCAGGAGUUCAAAGAUAUACUGAGCUACAUAGCAAAUUAGAGAUCAAUCUCGGCUAUAGGAAAGAUUGCCUAAAAAAAAAAAUCAGGAAAGAAAAAGGAAGGAAAGAGGGUGACAGAGGCCAGGGGAAAAAAAGAGGUACAGACCUGAUGUGUUAUCACUUCUGUACUUGAACCCUCAAUGUUAUGUCUCUCCAUGGAAGACAGGACAUUUCAGAAAUAAGCAUCCAGGAGAGAAUGUGAAGUCACAGACACAGACAGAGAUAUCACUUCCAGAAAGCUAUAACAAGGUCUUUCAUUUGUUGUCCACUUUUGAGUUCAGAUUCUGCUGAAGAAUGACAUUGAAAGGUUUCUUCCUUCAAAUUGCCAAAAUUAAUAGUUCAGUCCUGAAAGAUUUAUACAACUGAAAUUUUUAAGGCAAGCCUGCCUAAGAAAGUCCAUUAUUUGGCCCAAUAUUUAAACAAAACUGUAAGUCUUUUUUUCUCAGGCAAAAUAGAUUCUAGUGAUCCACAUUCUCUUGAAUCUUCGUUUAAAUGGAAGCAAACAAACAACAAAACUACUCGGAAUGAUUUUCAAGAUGAAUUCCUCUGAUCUAACUUCUGAAAAGUAGGAUAUGUAACAUAUAUUUUAAAUAUGCAGACCCUAUGGUGGAACUCCCUGAAGUCAAAUACCAGUUUUCCCCACUUCUGAGACUUCCUCGGGGCAAAUGAACUUCUCCACGCUUCUAUUUUCCAAAGAACGACCUCCUCCCAAAGGCUUUCUGAUUCCCUUCAUCCUGAAAACUUUUCCACUCCUGGGCUCCCAAGUGGUGUAAUAUAAUUCCUUUAUUGAAGUUUGCUUGCUCCAUUUUUCAUUUCUUAUUGUAUUCCAAUCCAACCCACAUAACAAGUCUCCAAGUUCUUUGGAGCCAGUGCCUGCCUACAUUACUCAGUUCUGUAUUGCUGAAGAGCAGAUCGCUGGCAUGGGGCACAGGACACAAAGAAACACUCAUCCUUUUUCACAAUAAUAAAGAGGAAUGAGGAAAAACAACCAACAAAUAUUUAUUGCUGGGUUCAGGACUUUGUUUGCACAGAACUUACAAAAACUGAUUUUAUAUAUGAGUUUCUUUUUCUUUAUAUAUAAAUAUAUUUUUAAUUAAAUGUACUCCUUGCUCCCUCUCAACAUCAUGGCUUUUUCCUUUGUUAUUAAUGUAUACAUACACAUACCUAGAUAUAUAAUAUAAUCUGCUUGGCCCAUUAGGUGUUGCUUAUAUGUAUAUGAUUUCAGGGAUGACCACUUGAUAGUGGAUAGAUAGCCCUAGGAAACUUAUCUUUUUUCUUUCUGUUGUUCCUGGCUUUAAGAUACACGGUUUACCCCACCUGUAACCCAACAGUAUAUGGCACCAAACCCAGCUUCACAUGCUAUUCCAUUUAAUCUUUACAGCAUUCUUUUUAGAAGACCUCCGUGUUCUUGUUCAAAGUAGGGAAACUGAGCCUGGGGAAGAAGUUAAACUCAGAAAAACAAUCUCUUGCUAACAAGAGAAUCGAAAAUCUAAUAAGAAGAUACAUUAUGUUGGUGAAGCUGAGUGAUUCAACAGAGACAGAAUACAAUAGCAAGCUCUUCUUUCUUCCACCAUCGUGUGCCCUACACUUGACCUGGUUUCUUGCCAUGUCUGCUCACAAGACUUUCAGACUCAAGCAAUUCCCAGCCAAGAAACAAAAGCAAAAUCGUUCUAUUCCUCAAUGGAUUCGGAUGAAAACUGGUAACAAAAUCAGGUAUGACUCCAAGAGAAGACACCGGAAAAUGAAGCUGGGUCUGUAAGGAUUCACACAAUUGCAAUACUG